GGCUGGGACUUCGGGGCUCGUCUGAAGCCGGACGGACGUAGCGGCACUGUUUAUUGUUUCUGAAUGAAAAUCCAGGAAUGUGGCAAUAAUCCAGCGGCACACAUGAAAAGGGCAUCGCAGCGGAGGAAAUGUUAUCGUUUUUUUACAUUAUUAGGAUGUCACGGAAAAAGUAACGCGUGUUUUUGUACAGCGAACACCUUCUAGCCGGUAAAGAAGUCCUCUGACUUAGUUGUAGUAGUAGGACAUCCGGGCCUUGUGCGGUAAGUAAGCGGUUGUCGAUUUUAACAAUAGCCGAAAUAUCACUCGCCUCUCCGGGAAAGCCGUCUCCAUGUAACCGCCUCCUCGGGAAAAAAAACACCAUCCAUUUUUACGGCUCUCCUGUGCGGUUCACAUGGGAGACAGCGUUUGAGGCCGUAUAGCUGAAUUUAUGGAAUUUUUUUACGAAGACUGAUCAUUUUUUAAGCUAAACAUCACACCAGCCUUGGAAGACACAAUAGGAAAAUGUCCAACGGUGCUGCAGGAAGCGGGGCUUUGACCUGGGUGACCCUCUUUGAUAAGAACAAUGCUGCCAAGAAGGAGGAGGCGAACGGCAAAAGCGAAGGCGGGAAAAGCGAGCCGCCGAAGAAGGAGAGCUCCAAGAAGAUGUCUGUGGAGCGCGUGUACCAGAAGAAAACUCAGCUGGAGCACAUCCUGCUCCGUCCAGACACCUACAUCGGCUCAGUGGAGCCCGUCACUCAGCAAAUGUGGGUCUUUGAUGAAGAGAUCGGAAUGAACUUGCGGGAGAUCACUUAUGUCCCUGGACUGUAUAAAAUCUUUGAUGAAAUCCUCGUCAACGCAGCUGAUAACAAGCAAAGAGACAAGAACAUGUCCAUGAUCAAGAUCACCAUCGAUCCGGAGUCGAACACUAUCUCUGUUUGGAACAACGGCAAAGGAAUUCCGGUGGUGGAGCACAAGGAUGAGAAGAUGUACGUCCCGGCUCUGAUUUUCGGACACCUGCUUACGUCCAGCAACUAUGACGAUGAUGAGAAAAAAGUCACAGGUGGAAGGAACGGGUACGGUGCUAAACUCUGUAAUAUAUUCAGUACCAAGUUCACAGUGGAGACGGCCUGCAAAGAGUACAAACACAGCUUCAAACAGACGUGGCAGAACAACAUGACAAAAACCAGCGACCCCAGGAUCAAAUACUUCGACGGGGACGACUUCACCUGCGUCACAUUCCAGCCCGACCUCGCCAAAUUCAAGAUGGAGAAACUGGACAAGGACAUUGUGGCUCUGCUGACACGCAGGGCCUAUGAUGUCGCCGGCUCCUGCAAGGGUGUUAAAGUCAUUCUCAACGGAAAGAAGCUGCCUGUGAACAGCUUCCGCAGCUACGUGGACCUGUACGUGAAGGAUAAGCUGGACGAGACAGGCGUGGCUCUGAAAGUGGUGAACGAGGCCGUAAACGAGCGCUGGGAGGUCUGUCUCACCAUGAGCGAGAAAGGCUUCCAGCAGAUCAGCUUCGUCAACAGCAUCGCUACUACCAAGGGUGGCAGACACAUCGAUUACGUUGUGGAUCAAAUCGUGGCGAAACUCAUCGAGGUGGUGAAGAAGAAGAAUAAAGCAGGAGUCUCAGUGAAACCAUUUCAGGUCAAGAACCACAUCUGGGUGUUUGUGAAUGCUCUGAUCGAGAACCCGACCUUCGAUUCUCAGACGAAGGAGAACAUGACACUUCAGACCAAAAACUUUGGCUCCAAAUGUGCUUUGUCUGAAAAGUUCAUAAGAGCGGCCACGAACUGCGGCAUCGUGGAGAGCAUUCUGAACUGGGUGAAGUUCAAGGCUCAGACGCAGCUGAAUAAAAAGUGCUCUUCUGUCAAGCACAGCAAGAUCAAAGGCAUCCCAAAACUGGACGACGCUAACGAUGCUGGUGGGAAACAUUCAUCCGAUUGCACACUGAUUCUGACUGAGGGAGAUUCAGCCAAAUCCCUGGCCGUCUCAGGGCUGGGCGUGAUUGGACGAGACCGCUAUGGAGUCUUCCCCCUGAGAGGCAAAAUGCUCAACGUUCGAGAGGCCACACACAAACAGAUAAUGGAGAACGCAGAAAUCAACAACAUCAUCAAGAUUGUGGGCUUACAGUAUAAGAAGAGCUACGAUGACCCCGAAUCACUGAAAUCUCUACGUUAUGGCAAAAUAAUGAUCAUGACUGAUCAGGAUCAAGACGGUUCCCACAUUAAAGGCCUGCUCAUCAACUUCUUUCACCAUAACUGGCCUUCCCUGCUGAAGCACACGUUUCUGGAGCAGUUUAUCACCCCCAUCGUCAAAGCCAGCAAGAACAAACAGGAAAUUUCCUUCUACAGCAUUCCAGAGUUCGAAGAGUGGAAGAAACAAACAGAGAACCACAAAACAUGGCACAUAAAGUACUACAAAGGUUUGGGUACCAGCACAAGCAAAGAGGCGAAGGAGUACUUUGCUGACAUGGAGAGGCAUCGGAUUAUGUUCAAGUAUGGGGGCACAGAGGAUGAUGCUGCGAUUACUUUGGCCUUCAGCAAGAAGAAGACAGACGACAGGAAAGAGUGGCUGACUAAUUUCAUGGAAGACAGACGCCAGAGGAGGAUGCACGGUCUGCCUGAGCAAUACCUGUAUGGCACCACGACACGACACUUGUCCUACAAUGACUUUAUCAACAAAGAGCUGAUCCUCUUCUCCAACUCCGACAAUGAGAGAUCCAUUCCGUCCCUUGUUGAUGGUCUGAAGCCGGGCCAGAGGAAGGUGCUGUUCACCUGUCUGAAGAGGAACGACAAGAGGGAGGUGAAGGUGGCUCAGCUGGCUGGUUCAGUAGCAGAGAUGUCUGCGUACCAUCACGGCGAGCAAGCUCUGAUGAUGACCAUCGUGAACUUGGCCCAGAACUUUGUGGGCAGCAACAACGUGAACAUCCUGCAGCCCCUCGGUCAGUUCGGUACGCGCAUCAACGGAGGCAAAGAUGCAGCCAGUCCCCGUUACAUUUUCACCAUGCUCAGUCCGCUAGCCAAGCUGCUGUUUCCAGCUGUGGACUCCAACCUGUUGAAGUUCCUUUAUGAUGACAACCAGAAGGUGGAGCCUGAGUGGUACAUACCCAUAAUCCCCAUGGUGCUGGUGAACGGAGCUGAGGGUAUCGGGACUGGCUGGGCCUGCAAGAUCCCCAACUACGAUCCUCGAGAAAUCGUCAACAACAUCAACCGCAUGCUUGACCACCAGGAUCCUUUGCCUAUGCUUCCCAGCUACAAAAAUUUCAAAGGCGUGAUCCAUGAGCUGGGGCAGAACCAGUAUAUGGUCAGUGGUGAGGUCUCCGUUCUGGAUAAGAACACCAUUGAGAUCACUGAGCUUCCGAUUCGCACCUGGACUCAGGUAUAUAAGGAAUCAGUGUUGGAGCCCAUGCUGCAGGGCACAGAGAAGACCCCAGCUCUCAUCAGUGACUAUAAGGAGUAUCACACAGACACCACAGUGAAGUUUGUGGUGCGCAUGACGGAGGAAAAGCUUGCCCAAGCUGAGGCAGCAGGUCUUCAUAAAGUCUUCAAGCUGCAGUCUUCCCUCACCUGCAACUCCAUGGUGCUGUUUGAUCACAUGGGCUGUCUGAAGCGGUACGAGUCUGUGCAGGAUAUUCUGAAGGAGUUCUUUGAGCUGCGUUUGCACUAUUACAAGCUGAGGAAGGACUGGCUGGUCGGCAGCCUGGGCGCCGAGUCAGCAAAACUCUCCAACCAAGCACGAUUCGUGCUCGAGAAGAUUGAAGGAAAGAUUUCAAUCGAAAACAAGAGUAAGAGAGAACUGAUCCGGAUGCUGGUCCAGAGGGGCUAUGAAUCCGACCCAGUGGCAGCUUGGAACAAAGCGCAGGAGAAGGCAUUGGAGGACGAGGAUCACGAUGGCAACGAGAGCGACAGCUCAGUGGACUCUGGCUCCUCGUCAGGGCCGAACUUUAACUACAUCCUCAACAUGCCUCUGUGGUGCUUGACCAAGGAGAAGGUGGAUGAGCUUCUCAAACAGAGAGACAUGAAGAAAGCAGAACUGAAUGACCUGCAGAGGAAAUGUUCAGAGGAUCUGUGGAGAGAAGACCUGGCUGUCUUUAUUGAGGAACUGGACCGGGUAGAGGAGCAGGAGCGAGAGAACGCCAACCAGGGGAAGGGCGUGAAGCUGGUGAAAGGCAAGGUGGGCAAGCCGAAGGUGAAGAAGAUCCAGCUAGAGGAGACCCUGCCGUCGCCCUUCGGCCGCAGAAUAGAGCCCCAGAUUACGUUGGCCAUGAAGGCUGAUGCUUCUAAGAAGAUGACCAAGAAGAAGAAGGGUGAUGCGGAUCUGGCGGUGAAGAUCGAGUUUGACGAUGAUGGCGUGGUGGACUCUAACGGUGCUGCAGGAGAGAACUCUCUCAUCUCUCCGUCUGGCCUUCCGAACCCUGGAGCCAAACCCAAAGCGCCACGCGUCAAAAAAGAGAAAAAGGAACCUGGCGCUCCCAGACAGAGGAAGGCUCCAGGCGCAGGGAAAGGCCCAGCCAAGAAGACCAAGAAGAGGAACCCCUGGUCCGACGAUGACGACGACAAAUCUGACAGCGAUCUGGAGGAGAACAGCGAGCAGCCGGUCAUUCCCCGAGACACAAGUUCCAGGAGAGCCUCAGCCAUGAAGGCGAAGUACACCUUCGACUUCUCAGAAGAGGAAGAUGAGGACGACGCCGAUGAAGAACAAGAGAACGACGCACCAUCCUCUCCGGUCCACUCCUACAAAGACAGCUUCCCCACCACACAGAACAACAACGAUGAUGAAGAUGAUGAUGAUGACAUAUUCCCUCCAAAACCAACACUGACUUCUUCUGUCACAGAAGCCAAGAAGAAGAAGGAACCACAGAGCAUAUUCUCCUCGUCCAAAUCCGCCUACUCAGAGAAGAGCAGUGACAGUGAAGUGAAGUCAGACAGCGAUGAAGAUGACAGAGGUCCAGUUUUCUCAUCCUACUCCAGCAGCUCAGCGUUUGAGAAACCCUCUCCAGCUAAGAAAGCCAAGAAGCCGUCAGAAGCAGCACCCAAGCCCCGGAAAGCUCCAGCCAAGCCGAAGAAGCCCGACACCUCCGUCUGGGACUCGGACUCGGACACGGCGGCGAAAAAGCCUCCAGUGGCAGCUAAAGGCCCGGGCAAAGGCAGGGGGAGGAAGAGGAAGCCGUCCGGCUCUGAGGAAGACGAAUACAGCCCCAUGAAGAAGACUGGAAAAGCCCAGAGCAGCAGAAAGCCGAAGAAGCCGGCGUCAGACGAGGACGACGAUGACAUGAACAGUAACAGUUUCGGCCGCAUGGACUCAGCCAGAGACCGGUCAGGCCGGGCCAAGAAGGAGGUCAAGUACUUUGCGGAGUCUGACGACGACGACGAUGACGACGACAUGUUCGACUAGGCAGCAUACCGACACGUACACACACACACACACACACUCGCUUGUGGUAUAACUUCUGUCCUUCGUCCUGCAGACUUUUGUACAUUUAUUGCCUUCCCUGUUUUAUUUUUCUUUAUUUGUGAUGUUAAAUGCUUUCUACUGUGUAGUUGUUUUACACUUUUUAUUAUUAAUAUUAUUAUUAUUAUUGUAAUACAUAUACAGUUUGUUUUCCUUUCAUUGAAAUGUAUUUGUCCUAAGCAGCUUUUAGAAGUUUAGACUGCGGUGCUCCAGCACAUUUUAAUUGUUGAAAGUAAGAUACAAAUGUACCUUUUGAGAUGAACUUGGAAAUAAACAUGAAAUAUAAAUGAC